CCCAGGCUAAUAUCGAAGGGCAAAAGGGGCUGUGACAGAGGCAAACAUUCAGACUACAGCCAGAUGUGAAACUGAAGCAGCGAGAGGAAACACAAGAACAUAGGUCGACUCUGGUUUUCCUGAAGGAAGUGAGAAGGCAACCAAGAACAAACUGAUGUCAGAGGAGUGCACAUUUCUUGCCGGAUGCCUGCUUUCUUCCUCCUGGAACUCCUUUCUUUUAUUGUUUGGAGCACAGAGGGGCUGCUGAAAUGGAGAGUCUCAAGACUGAUACUGAAAUGCCCUAUCCUGAGGUAAUAGUAGAUGUGGGCAAAGUGAUUUUUGGGGAAGAAAACAGGAAGAAGAUGACCAACAGCUAUUUGAAAAGAUCUGAGAAUUCUAGAAUUAUCCGGGCUAUAUGUGCACUGUUAAAUUCUGGAGGUGGUGUGAUCAAAGCAGAGAUUGAUGAUAAAACCUAUAGUUACCAAUGCCAUGGGCUGGGACAGGAUUUGGAAACUUCUUUUCAAAAGCUCCUUCCUUCAGGUUCACAGAAAUACCUUGACUACAUGCAGCAGGGGCACAAUCUCCUCAUUUUUGUGAAGUCAUGGAGCCCAGAUGUUUUCAGCCUCCCACUAAGGAUUUGCAGCUUGCGCUCCAAUUUAUAUCAGAGAGAUGUGACUUCUGCUAUCAACUUGAGUGCUAGCAGUGCCCUGGAGCUUCUCAGAGAGAAAUGUUUUAGAGCCCAAAGAGGAAGACCAAGGGUGAAGAAGUUGCAUCCUCAGCAGGUUCUCGAUAGAUACAUUCAGGAAGAGGAAGAUAUGAGGAUAUUGGCCUCAGAGUUUUUUAAAAAGGACAGACUCAUGUAUAAGGAGAAACUCAACUUUACUGAGUCAACACAUGUCGAAUUUAAAAGGUUCACCACCAAAAAGGUCAUACCUCGGAUUAAAGAAAUGCUGCCUCAUUAUGUUUCUGCAUUUGCCAACACUCAAGGGGGAUAUGUCCUCAUUGGGGUGGAUGAUAAGAGCAAAGAAGUGGUUGGAUGUAAGUGGGAAAAAGUGAAUCCUGAUUUAUUAAAAAAAGAAAUCGAAAACUGCAUUGAAAAAUUGCCUACAUUCCACUUCUGCUGUGAGAAGCCAAAGGUAAAUUUCACUACAAAAAUCCUGAAUGUGUACCAAAAAGAUGUCCUGGAUGGUUAUGUCUGUGUGAUUCAAGUGGAGCCCUUCUGUUGCGUGGUGUUUGCAGAGGCCCCAGAUUCCUGGAUCAUGAAAGACAAUUCUGUCACACGGCUGACAGCUGAGCAGUGGGUGGUCAUGAUGCUGGAUACUCAGUCAGCUCCUUCCAGCUUGGCCACAGACUACAACUCUUACUUGAUUUCAUCAGCUUCAUCUGCACGAAAAAGUCCUGGAUAUCCCAUAAAAGUCCAUGAAUUUAAGGAGGGUCUGCAACGACAUUUGUUUCCAGUGACACAGCAAGAGGUACAAUUUAAACCAGAAUCCCUCUGUAAGAAGCUGUUCUCAGAUCAUAAAGAACUGGAGGGAUUAAUGAAGACCCUGAUACAUCCUUGUUCUCGGGGGAUUGUGAUAUUUUCUAGAAGCUGGGCUGGUGAUGUUGGCUUCAGGAAAGAACAGAAUGUCCUGUGUGAUGCUCUCCUAAUAGCAGUUAACAGCCCCAUGGUACUCUAUACAAUCUUAAUAGACCCCGAUUGGCUUGGAGGACUUGAAUAUGCCCGAAACACAGCUCAUCAGUUAAAGCAGAAACUGCAAGCUGUUGGUGGUUACACAGGGAAAGUGUGCAUCAUUCCAAGGCUGAUACACCUGACCAGCACACAGAGUAGAGCUGGUGAUAUCCCGCUGCGCUACCCCAGGUCCUACAGUCUUGCUGAUGAGGAGGAAAUGGAAGACUUGCUACAGGCUCUUGUGGUGGUCUGCCUGUGCUCCAGAUCUCUUCUGAGUGACCAGCUGGGCUGUGAGUUUUUCAACUUGCUCAUAAUGGAGCAGAGCCAGUUGCUUUCUGAGAGUCUUCAGGAGACACGUGAAUUAUUCAUCCACUGCUUUCCAGGAAUCAGGAAGACAGCCCUAGCCAUAAAGAUCAUGGAGAAAAUUAAGGACUUGUUUCACUGCAAACCAAAAGAAAUCCUCUAUGUUUGUGAAAGUGACUCCCUAAAGGAUUUUGUGACCCAACAAACCACCUGCCAAGCUGUGACCCGGAAAACUUUCAUGCAAGGGGAGUUUCUAAAGAUUAAACACAUAGUGAUGGAUGAGACUGAGAAUUUUUGCAGCAAAUUUGGCAAUUGGUACGUGAAGGCUAAGAACAUCACCCAUCCAAAGGCAAAGGGGGCUGGAAGUGAAAACCUUCACCAUGGGGUUCUCUGGCUUUUUCUUGACCCUUUUCAAAUCCAUCAUGCAGAUGUCAGUGGCCUUCCCCCUCCAUCUGCUCAGUUUCCUCGCAAAACAAUCACCGGUGGGAUCCACUGUGCUCUGGAAAUAGCAAAUGUUAUGAAAGAAGAAAUGAAGAGGAUCAAAGAAAAUCAUCCCUCCAACAUAUCUCCAGACACAUUAGCAUUGUUCAGGGAGACUGCCUAUGAGGAAGCAAUGUGUGCCCAGGGUCUGCCUGGAGUGUGUGAGACAAAGACUAAUCUGACAACAGAACAAAUAGCUAACUAUGUGGCAGGAAAAUGUCACAGCCUGUUCCAGUGUGGCUAUCUGCCCAAAGAUAUAGCAAUUCUGUGCAGGAGAGGGGAGGACAGAGGACGCUAUAAGCUUGCACUGCUAAAAGCAAUGGAAUUAAUUGAGACCCACAGAGCAUCAGAGGUUGUAUUUAGCCAGGCCACUGGUGUUUGCGGAAGCCACAUUGUUUUAGACAGUAUUCAGCAAUUUUCAGGCCUGGAGAGGACUAUCGUGUUUGGGCUUAGUCCAGAAUGCGACCAGUCAGAGGAAUUUCAUAAGCUCUGCUUUGCUUCAAGAGCUAUUAAACACCUCUACCUGCUUUAUGAAAAGAGGGCAACCUUCUGAAAAUUAUUACAAAUAAUAGAGGAAGGCAGGAAGAGCAGAGUCCUUUCUCCUAGACAGGUGGCAGUGACUCCCUUUUAAUAUUACAAGUGAGGAAAUCAAGGUACAUCAGUAUGGCCUGGAGCCACAGAAAUGUCUCUUGGAGCUGAGCCUUCCACUCUAUUUCAAUGCCACUGGCCUUUUCACAGUCUCCUUCACCUCCUACCUAUGCAAUUACAAUAGACUAAAUUAGUCCCCUGUCUCCAGCUUUCCCAUUCAAUCCAGCUAUCAUCCAUUAAACAGAGAAGUUUUCCUUAAAUAGGGAACUGAUUUUAUGUAAUACCUUGCUAACAUAUCUUCAGUGAGUCCCCACGGCCUUCAAACCUAACCAGUUUUCAAGACUUUCAUUAAUAUGCCUUGACUUGCUCUCCCAACUACAUCCCUUAUUGUAUCUCCAUCUCCCAGUGUUUCUCAUGCACCCCAGCCUAUGUGGCAUAGUUUUUGGGUGGUGGUAUGGUGCCCUCCAGGCUGGAUCUUUGACUGGAUAGGUCUCAAAAGUAGCCAGUUGACUGGCACCUCAUACUGGCUAUGGGUCUCAAGCUUUCCAGGUCCAGAACUCGAUUGCCUUUUUGUACCAAGUCUAGAUCAGUUUCUUGGGGAUGCUUUAUGCUAAUCAAGCUCACAAAGGACCAAUGCAUAAAUGAAAAUGCUACUCUGUUAAUUUAUACUGAGGACCAUAGUCAUAAGUGGGUCAAAUGCUUUUGCUAAUCAAUGCCCUCAACAGUAAUUUAGGAAGCUAAAUUAUAUGAACACAGCCUUACAGUAAGGGAAGCUAGUAAUUUGAUUCAAAUGUUAAAAGUCUUCAGGCCAUAUUAGACUAUUGCAAUAUCUAUUAGGUGGGUUCAAAAGUGCAAAAACUGCAGUUACUUUUGUACCAACUUAAUAUAAAAUAAGAUUGCAAUCAUUUCUAAAAUAAAGAUAUUUUUAUCACAAGCACUAGACAAAUUAGUUUACAGGUUUACAAGCUAAAGCAAAUUUAUUUAUUUAUUUUA